AGUAUUAUGAUCUCUUAUAAUUUAUGCUAACCAGCUGUUUGUUGAUGUAGGAUGAUACUGACGGUUUCCAAGACAUUUAUCCAGCAUUUUGUUUGCCCGACUUGAGGUAAAUUGAUGAUAAAGUUUGCUGCUCUAAACGCAACAGAAGAAGACAGCUCAGGAAGCUCACGACAAAAUAAAGAGGUCGUAGAAUCCGAUGCAUUUCAAAAGUACAACAAAGCCCUCACAUUUAUCAAGAAUAAAGAAAACGAGCUUGCAGAGAAGUCCCUGAAGGAGCUCCUUCUUCACCCCUAUUUUAACUUCGACGAUGACACCUUCUCCGGCGCUGACUUCUUCAACGACCCCGCCGUAAAGCUCCUCACUUCCAUCUACAAGAACCUUGGCAAGGUUCACGAGAACACAUCAAACUACGAUGAUGCUCUCGAGUGCUAUUUAGAGGCGGUCAGCUCUGAUAAAACGGAUAUCACCACCUGGUACAAUAUUUCAAAUGUUGCGAUCAAGAAGGUGAACUACACUUUGGCCUGUGAUUCUCUUAAAGAGUGCCUCAACAUUAACCCCUCGUUUUGGCCGAGUAUUGAUACAUUGAUAUGUCUACUCUAUGCUCUUGGUGACUACAUUUCUUGCCUGCAUCUCAUCCAACACUCGCUGUCACUUAAUACCAACUUUGAAAGAGCACUUUGCGUAAAAGCUCAAAUAGAAGAAGAAGACCCGUUUCUUUUCAAAAACUUUAGUUGGAAACAAGGUUUAGCCGAUCUUAAACCUUCAGAAUCUGCCACUGACAAGGAAAUGGAGUAUCCCAAAGAACUACGAGAAAAGGAUCAGCAAGCCAAGAAACAGUCAAUGUCUUUGAAGACUGAUCCUGUCUUAUGUCUCCGUGAGUUGUGCCUCAAAGACCCUCUAGCCGAUCUUGGCAUUGCUAUUUGUGAGCUCUUUGUCAAAAGUAAAGAAGAAGAUUUGUCACUAUUCUGCCCGGUUGACUUCUCAAAAAGCAAUCUUGAAAUCUUGUUAACCAAACACCAACCAGAAGAACCACCGCCUCCAGAGCCUUCACAAGAGGCCCCAGAAGUUGUCCCAUGUGAAGUGCCCAAAGAAGAAGAAGUUAAAAAAAAAGAAAGAGUGAGCUCAGAACUGGAGCCUCCUAUCAAGACUGAUGCUAAACUUGCAAAAGAAAUCGAAACCAAAGAGAGGAAAGAAGGACAGAGAAGGUCUAAAAGAGUACAAGAUCUUCAGUCAGAAGCAAACGACCCUCUCGAAUCUCUGACAUCACAACUUGAUACAUGGAUUCCCGAUAUCCUAAAGUUUUCUUCCGAAGAUUCCUCGCCAAAAUCGACUUCGCUGGUUAAAAACACCAACUCUUCCGACCAACAGAAAAGACAGCCUUCAAAUAUUGACGAGUACGAACUUUUAAAGAAGAUAACCGAUGUCCAAGACACGACUGUUCUUUUGGUUCCUCUUAUGACAAAUUACUGUAACCAGCUUUCGGCCCACUUCCACGAAAAGUGGUCCAGAACGGUCACUAAAUCGUUUUUGAACGUUUAUUUUAGCUAUCGAGAGUACGAAGCUUUGCCCAACAUUCUGCAAAACUUUGAACAGCAGGACACCGAGGAGAAUGUUUUGACCCUCAUGUGUGCCUUUGAAAUCAUUGUCAACUAUAAUCUCUUUCCAGGAGUCAACUUGGAGGAUCAGUAUUUCUUGGAUAUAAAAAGUUUCAUAACUAAAGGAGCUUUGGAUAAAGAUCUAGAGUUCCUGAGGACCGCCAAUCAGCACGAACGAAUCAAGGAGAUGUUCUCAACAAGUAAUUUGUACGACUCGUUCCAGCUAAGGUAUGCGUGGGCCUACUGUCUGUACGAAGAAAAGCUAGCAAAUGUGGAGUGCUCCCUAGAAUUCGCUAAACUCAGUUUAGCCAAGCAAAAGAAUGCUCAAAUGGAAGAACUUGUCAUUGCUAAUAAUGCUGUACCAUUUAUCAAUGAGCAGUCUCUGGACAAACAACGAGUUAGCCUUAUCGAGGUUCAAGAGCGAGAAAAUGUAACCAAUUUGUUCAAAGAGAAGAAUUACUCGAGAGUAGUUGAGCUAUUAAAACCCAUGCUCGAUGAAACGAAUCACGAUCUCAAAACGGACUAUGCUCAGAUUCCUAUAAGGCACAAGAACCUGCUAAUUCUCCUAGAAUCUCUGAAAAAGCUGUCCAUGAUGGAGAACUGCUUGAAAUGUGCUGAAGUACUUCUCCAUGAAAUUGUACCUUUCCUGAGGUUUACUGAUAUCUGCAAGUCCCUGUUAACGAAAAUACUGAAAUCUUUAUCAGCUUCACUUCUCGAUUGUGACUUCCAUGCAGGCAUCAUCAGUCACAGUAGAGCCAUGAGUAACAUCGUGAAAGUUAUCGUGAAGUUCUUUGAGACCCUGUUUAAAGAAGGAACAGCUCUGGCAUCUCUAGCAGAUUACCCGAUUGACCGAGCGCUGAUGAUCUACCACAUGAUUAUAGAUAAGUGCGUCCUGCAGGGGCUGUCUGAUGUAGAUGUUGUGAGCACGAAUGUUGCUAGAAUUCAGUCUCUUGCUAUGUGUCAUGACCUUCUCGGAGAGCACAGUCUUUGCUCCCUCAACAAUGGCGUGUUCUUGUCUUAUGUUAUUGACUGUUGUUACAAUUACAAGGUCAGGAAUAUUUUCAUAGAGGAUGCAACUGAUCUUAUUGAGCAGGCGACAUUUUGCUACAUUGGGCACCCGGGACCUGGGUCUAAGAGAUCAAAGAAGAACAGAGUUGAACACGGUGCCUCUCACACUAGACUUACCUUGGAGAUCUCUCUCAAAGUUUUUAAGUUUUACUGUCCCAGCGUAAUGUUCAAUCCGAUGGAGAAAGCCAAACAUCUCUCUGCUGACACGUUUGAUUUGUUGACACAAACCGUCGGGUUGUUUGAGGAAGACAUCUCGAAGACAGAUCUUUUCGUUAUGAUAAAGUUGUCUAUGGAACAAGGCAAGAUUUCCUCCUACAAGGGGUUAGAGAUAACGACUGAAAGGAAGAAUUUCAGAGGAAUUUAUUAUCUGUGUGGGGAUUAUCUGUGGAAGUAUGGAGAAUUUUUACAAGCUAUUGAUUGGUUUGUUUGUGACUUAGCGAUCAAUCCCGACAGGAUCCAGUCAUGGUUAUGUCUUGGACUUUGCUGGUUGAGCAUUGCAGAAGAUCGUUUCAACCAUGCCAAAAGUGAUCUGAAGGUCGUGAUUGAGUCAAUAGCCCCAAAAGCAGUUCUCUGUUUUGACCAUUACAUGUCAAGCUCAUCCACGUCAUUUGAUGUAGCAUCGGAAUAUUCCAUCUUCCUGUACACCAUAGCUUCCGUCUACAACCAAGUUGCUGGAGCUCUUGCUGACAAUGUUGCAGUUAUCCAAGAAAUCGACUUGAAGAGAUUAACUUUGAUAACUAAGGCUAAGGAGGUUCUCUUGAAAGGAAUUGAUCCGAUCAAACCAUCCAGCUGGGUCAAGAGUUUCAUGCUAGGGAAGAUAUCUGAAAAGCUCAAUAGCAAAGACCUUGCUUGGUUGGAUCAUUAUUUACAGGCUCUGAACGACUUGAAGGAGUACAACCAAACUGUUACCAAGAAAGUUAACACAAGUUCUCCAGUUGAGUAUUCUAUGGAGUGUAUGGAACUGGUUUUUAGAAUCUCGUAUUCCAUCUACAAACGAUCUACCGAAUACCCUGAGCUAACAAAGGACGCUUCCAAAAAGAAGAAAUUGUUAUCUAACCUGAAACCGAUAGUUUUGUUGAUGUGUCCCCAAACAACUAUUGAAGAGUUUGAAAACUCUUCGAUAAGCAAAAUCGUGUUGAUGGUACUUGAAGAGUGCUUCUCCAAAUGGCCAGAGAACUACAAGAUCCGUAAUGCUCUCUGUAAAAUUAUCCACGACUCCUCUACCACAAAUUCUGAUGAAUAUGUGAAGGCAAAGUCACUGAUGCUUCAAGAUUCCUCCAACUCUAGUGGAAUGUUCCUAUUUACUAGAAAACAUCUGUUCUUGGGUAUCUGGAGAAUUCCUGUCGACACCGUGGAUAGACCUGGUGGAUUCUUCAGACACAUGAGGAAAAGUCUCUCACUGAUUAUCGCAUCUCUUACCCAUUGUAAAGACAUCAGUAAUCUAAUCAAGUUGUUCGAGAAUAUGGUUAAAACAGCCGAGCAGCUAAACAACUUUGUAGGGGAUGUGACUCCAUUCCUGCAAACCAGCUUGACUCAGUUCGACACCCUGCUUCGUACUAGAGUGUCUGAAUAUUGUGGCCUGCCUGGAAAACACACAACCGAACAUUCAAUCAAGCUGCUGAAGCUAUGCAUCAAAGUUAAGAACAUCCAUGUGAGAUCUGGUGUGGAAACAAAGCCAGUUGAUGAAGCUAUCCUGGUUAUCUUAAAGCUCUUCAAGCUUACUGUUCCUCAGCAAAUCGCCAUUUGCGAUCCUAGGGUUGUUGAUGAGCCAGGCACUUUAUAUGAAACUGCCAACAAACUGAUUAAUGAUUUCGAACAAGUUCAAAAAGUUGCAGCUCUUCUUGAAUUGGAAAAACAGAAAAAGAAAGACCUCGAAAAAGCAACCUCAUCUCAAGCUACCCAGCCAAUUCCACCAACUAAGGAACCAGAACCUAUUGCUGUUACCAAAAUACCCGAGGCUCCGGAAAAAGAACCUGCAAAUCCAGCUGAGGUACCACCUCCGAUUCAGUCUGAAAAAAUCGUGGUCAAUGACGCUGCCAAAACUGCAGUAAGACAAGCAGUAGCAUCGUUUAUUACACAGAUGGCUGAGAAGAACCACACCAGUAAAGCCAAUCCAAACGUUUCUCAAAUUUUGACAAUGAUCAACAAUUCCGUCAAGAGCAAAGAAAACUCGGCCAAAAUCAGGGAGAUAUUACUUAAAGCUGUUGCCAAGCCUAACCAGAACAAUCCUCCAGCUGAGAUUCCAGGACCACCUAAGAGCGAGGCUAGUGCAACAACCUCAGCAACCACGUCCGAGUCUCCAUCCGUUGUGACUGCUGCUAAAUCGGCCUCUUCUAAAGAAAUAGUGGCAAAACCUGCGAUUCCAAAACCUCUCUCGAGUAAUGAUGUGAGCCCAAGUAUUGUUGAAACUGCACCAAAAUUGUCAAUGGAAAAGCCUGCGUGUCCUCCAUCUAGACCAACCAUCGUUUCGCCACUAGAUCGACCACCUUCAGUUACUUUAUCUACCACACCUGAUCCUGCUACAUCAAAUGUGAUACCAGAAAAUCCUAAAUCCCCUUCUGCUAAAGAGAAUGGUUGCACAGAGGAGACAACGCCUGAGACCCAGUUCUCACCUAUAAUCAAAGAGGAGCCAGAGGAAGUGGUGCCUAUUUCUCCUCCAGAAAACGAGAUGCCAACAGUUACACCUAUUCAAAUUGAAUCAAAAGUGGAAAUCUGCAGCCCCCCAUCUUCAACCUCACCAACAGAAGUACCUACACCGAUCCCUUCGGCCACAGCAACACCAACCUCGACCAGCUCUGAGUCUCCUGAUGCGAGUAACAAGCGGAAGAGGAGUUCCUCGCUGAACGGUUCUGGCAGUGAUAACAGUGACAGUGAUGACGAAGGUACUAUGCCAUCACUAGACGAUGUUCCUGCUCUGGAAAGCGUUCCUGCUAAAACAUCUACCUCACAAAACCAAUUUAGGGCUAUGCCUAACCUUAAUAUUGCCCAUGUCAAUGAAAGCUGUCCUCCAAUGUCAACAAACACAUUGCCUCGUCUGAACCCUCCAAUGUUGGUGAAGAAAGAACCCACCCCACCCCCUUCAUCACUAAAAUCAGCGCCUUACCAAUCACCACCCCCAAUGUACUGCAGGUCUUCAAGCAACCCUGAUGGGCUUCCGAAUAGAGGUAACACCAAUGGUGGUCCUCCCAAUCAGUUCCUUCAGCAGCCUCUUGUUGGAAACAAGAUGGCUCUAUCAAACUUCAUGCACUUACCUCCUGAAAGUGCGAGGCUUGCACUGACUCCGGCUCAACUCAUGGCCCUCAACGUUCCUAAUAAGAAAGGUCCGAAAGCUCCUAGAGUAAAGAAAGAGAGACCUCCUCGCAAGAAGAAACCAAAAGAUCCUGGGCUGGUCAAAAAGCGCGAAAAGAAACGGAAAAUCGACAAAGUUCAGACUUUGAAACAAUUUGAUUUUCCACACGUGGAUAAAACCGUUGACAGUACAGUGGGUUUUUAUCCUAAAAACCAACCUACUUUGAACGAUUCAAGUCACGUUUUUCGACGGGGAAUGUCAGAGAUUCACCAACCAUCCACAACAUGCUCCCAACCCCAGCCUUUCUUCAGACAAAACUCGGAGCCCAUCUUGCAACGAGGACCAACCUUUAACAACGGUAUGUUGAACAGGAACAGUUCAGAUGAAGUUCAGUACAAAGCUGAAGAUUUCUUUGCUGGCUCAAGUAACUCUCAAGUUAACAGCCCUGCAAAAAGUGGGUUCUUGAGCGAUUCGCCUUACAACAGUCAGUCGAGUAUUUUACUGUCACCAUCCCCAGCUGAUGCUUCACUUUUUAGCCCUACGAGCUCUGAAAACUUGAGUUCUGAGCAGAUUAUCGAUGACGACAGUCAGCUGGAAAAUGUAGAUCUGGGAAUUCUAAACGAGUUGGAUGGAUGUGAUCUGACUGAUGAACAAGAAAAACUUCGGCAAGUGGUUCCUAAACCUAAGAGAGGAAGAAAGCCCAAAGAUCCUAACAAACCGAAAGCUCCACCAAAACGCAGAAAACCCAAGGCAAAAGCGGGCAUGCAAGCUCAGAUGAAUGGAAUACUAAAUGCACUACCGGUUACCAGUCCUUUCACAUCUCCAACACAUCCUCACAACUUCCCCGGAUUUCCGAAGCCAGAUGGUCAAUUUCCAACUAACCCUGGUGACGAAACCUCCCCCACAAAAUACUUCUAUUACCCAGAUGGAAGUAUGUAUCCUCCUGGCAAUGCAGCAGCUAAGUUAGCGAUGAUGCCACCAAGUCUCCAGCCACACACAGUCCAGCAACCAGCUCAACUGGACCAACUUCAGCACUGCUCCAGUGUCAUCCCUCCAGGACAGGCGCCAGUGCCCUGUCAGUACAGUACAGAGAGCACCGGUUAUGUGCAGUCUGCCCCCACUGCAGCGGCUCCACUCUCACACUACUCACCCGACCAACCCUCCACUCCCAAGUUGAACUAUAACAGUCUCCAGUACCCUCCAGUCACCAGCUUUGACGCAGGCAGCAUUUAUUCUGGUCCGAACAGUACACUUAUUAAACAGGACCCCUUGGAACAGGCUGUGAUGGUCAAGGGAGAAGAGCCUGACCCCGCUGCUGUGGGAAUGAACCCUAACGUUGGUUUCGGAAUGCCGCAGUACCCAGUCACCCAACCCUACAGCGCUGAAAUGUUCCCGACUUCACUAUACCCCGACCAUUCGGGGUUCAACUCUUCCGCUCAAAUGUCCACAGCUCCCGGAGCAUCCGCCCAUCCGCCCAACAGUAACUUCAAUCAGUAUCAAAACUUUCGGAACUUUUAAGAUUUUUAUUGUUUGAAAUUGGACAUUCAUAAUGUUGUACUAUGAGAUCUAUGAUAAUAAUAGGUAUAUUUUGAAUUUUGUAGAAGUGUGCAAAGGUAUUAGGGAAUGACAGUGCUGUAAAAAGUACUGUAAAAGGUACUGUAUAAGGUACAGUAGUAGGUACAGUAGUAGCUUCUGACCUGUACCAUCGUAGGACUGCACGACGUCUCAUCUUACCAUAAGGCUGGAUCAGACUUAAAUAUCAUUGUAAUUUAUUACGAACUGUUUUACCCGAUUUGACAACUUACAACUCUUAGUAAUUUUACCCCUCUCAUUUAUCAUAUAUCUUGAAUGUCGGGUCAUUUUGAACAACGCUCCACGCUUUGAUCUACCUAAUGAACUAAACGCUAAAUUUCAAACUAAAAUCAAAUUAGCUGGAUUAAAAUUAUAACUGACCCGAGUGCAGGCUGUACAUGAUAAUUGUUUGCUGAACCAUUCAUUACACACACUAACUGUUACGAGAGCUCAUGUUUUACAAUACGUAGACGUUGCUGCUAGCGGUGGCGAGCCAAAACACACUCAAACUUUAGAAAACUUGGUCUAAUAGACUAAUAGACCACAUUUCAUUACUUUCUACAUAUUUUGGCUGUACUACUCUUUUUGUUUUAUUCCCGCCGCAUUUUUAUUACAGUAUGCAAUUAAUUUGUAUUGUCUAGAUUGUAUGCCUGACCUCACCGCUGGCAGCAACACCUACAUUUGCAUUAUUUUACCUGAUUUUAGCGAAUAAAUUCAAACAGGGCUUUAAUCCGGGUUUGAGAAUUAAGCACAGCUUUAAUAGACAAUAGAAUGUUUUAUUGAUAACCGCACUUGAGGUGUUUUUUCCUACACUUCCUCGACACUAACCUUGCUAAGUUUAUAACGAUUAAUUAAUAAACUGUCGAGUAGGGUUGGUGAAGUACUUCAGGGUUUUUUGAAAAAGUUAAAGAAGUAAAUUAUAUUGAUUUAUAGAAUAUAACCACACGAGAAGCUGUGUAAAUCACGUUUUUCCUGUUAUCAUAAAGUUGCAUUAAUACUAAGUUAUAGAAUUGUUUAUAUAAUAUAUUAUACCCGCCGUGCGAGCGACCCCCGAGUUUUGGCUGUUUUUGAGACGUAAUCCCCGCGUAACUAUUUGGAUAUUAUUUAACAUUAUAGCUUGGGGCUGAUACGUUGAUUAGCAGUAUGCAAGAAUGAAGAUUGUUGAUUGGAUGUGGUUCUUAGAGCGGUCCGUCCA